AUGUCAGAUAUACAAAGUCUUAUUAAUCCUCCAUCGUUGACCAAUUCUUCGGGUAUAGAAACCCCGGAAGAAGCCAAUGGCAGCGAUACCACCACUAACGACGGCAAGGUACCCCAAGCAGUGAUAUUGGAAAGUUUUGAGAAAAUUAAAACCCACUUUCCUGCUGCCAGAAUCAAGAAAAUAAUGCAGUCAGACGAAGAUAUAGGUAAGGUGGCCCAGGCUACGCCGGUGAUUGUAGGAAGAGCAUUGGAAAUUUUCAUGGCCAAUCUUGUGGAAGCAUCGAUCAUCGAAGCCAAAAAGGCAGGCGUCAGAAGAAUCGGAGCGUCGCAUAUAAGAUCGGCGGUGGAAAAUACGGAACAAUUCGACUUUUUGGUGGAUACAGUCGAUAAAUAUCCUCCAGCUGAGAACUAG